AUGUCGCCAGUCAUCAUUACUUGUCGAUUUUUUUCACCUGCCGCCAUGCCGUCAUCAGCAAACCUGGCAAACAAAGAGCUGCGAUUCGCGCUUCUUGCCCUUUUCCCCUCUGCAGAUUUACGGAUGGUCAGCGAAGCCGCCAAGUGCGGUGACCUGGAUGUGGCUUCGCAAUUCUUGAGGACAGCCCUUGCUGAGAGCGAAGCGCCGGAAGCCAACGCGCCGCGGGCAGCGCCUGAGACUGCUGAGGCCGAGCCCGCUUCGACGAGUGACCCGAAGCCUUCCCUGCCCAUGCAGCGAGUGGUGGACGAGGAAAAGGGCAGGCGGGCGCUGGAUGCUCUGGGAACUGUGGUAGAGCCUGACUGCGUGGCCCUGGAUGAGGCUUUAGCCGCAGCCAGGAAGCAGGACCUCGAGGAGAAGGCGGAGAAGCAGAAGCGGUCCACAGACAGUAGCCAGGGAUGUGCUGUGCCGGGCGCUCGCACCGCGGAUGGCUGGGAGAUCCAAUGCCAGGUCAACACGGAGCGGACUUGCCAGUCUCUCCGCACGCUGCAAUACCCCAAGGAUGAGCUUUGCACUGCAGCCGAGAAGAUUUUGUUCCAUGUGGGCAAUGACAACACGGGCGCUUUUGCUGCUGUCUGCUUUGAGCGGAUGUUGCAGCGAGAGCAAGAGAUGGACCGGGAUUUCUGCGUCUUCUAUCACCACUACAACAGCGCCUCCCUGCUUUAUGAAGUCCAGGCGGAGCUCGCAAGGUACGCGUUCUCGUUGCCCGACAACCUGGCGCCCCUCCCACGGGUGUUGACCGGACACUUCAAGGGCGCCACCUUGAGUAAGUUGAAGGAGGCCGGUAGACACGGAGACCAUGAUCCCUGGUACCGCUCACUGGGCCUCUCAGCCUCUCCCACGCUCUUUGCCUUUGGCUCAGAGGCACCUCCCCUGCACUGCUUCCGCGCCGGCUACGGAUGUGAGGACCUCUCCUUCCAGGGGCUGUUGACAGCUUUGCUCCAGGAGGCUCUUGACUUGAAGAAGGACGUGGCAGAAAAGCUCACUGCCAAGUUAGCCGAGGUGGGUGCCAGCUACGGGUUACAUGUGGCAGGCUAUGGCCACACUGAGAGAAGAAAGGUGGAUCGCUUGGGCGGUCAGAUGCUGCAGAUCUUCAUCAAGAAGAAGUUCGUGACGGACUACGUCUACCACAGCGAGCCGUAUGGGAUCCCGAUAGACACCGAGGUGCUGCCGUGGCUGGAGAGCCCGAAGAGUGUGAAGAAAGCUUUGGAUGGGCAGGUGCGAAUCCUCUUCGACCCGGAGCUCUUCACCAGUGGGAAGGGCCAGCUCUUCCACUACUGCGGAGACUGGGAGUUCCUGGGAGGAGAUGCUGAGAUGAAAGACUCACGUGCAUCCUUCGUGCUCGCACUGCGCGAGGUCCUGCGGCCCCAGAUGAGCAAGCAGCCCCCCCGGCAACUGCAGAAGCGACUCCGUGACAGUGUACCCCCGCGCCCGGAUCUACCGAAGCCUGAUCACACUGAAGACCCUCCAGCAGUCCCAGCAGCGGUGCCGGCAAAGAAGAAGAAAGACCUGCCGAAGCUCGUGACCGAUGAUUAA